AUGACUCACCGAUAUGGCCCCAUCUUCAGUCUCCGGCUUGGAAGAAAGCUUCAUGUUGUGGUAAACUCCUUGGACCUAGUUAAGGUCGUGACUCGUGACCUAGACCUGACCAUGGCUAACCGAAGUCCUCCAUUAGCAGCGCUAACCAUCAGUUACGGUGGCAAUGGUAUUGUAUGGUCCAACAGCAACACACACUGGCGUAACAUGCGCAAUAUUUUAGCAAUCCAACUUCUGAGCAUUACAAAUUUCAAAGAUUGUCAGGGUUUCCGAACAUAUGAAGUGAGAAGGCUCGUGAAAGAAGUUUACACAAAUCUUAAUUUCAAGAUUCUGAAGCUAUUGGGAGCCCCAAACAUAUCUGAUUUUCUCCCAGUGCUAUCUCGGUUUGAUCUCCAAGGAAGGCAGCGAGAAAUGCAGAGGCAACUUGAAUAUGUCGAUCGGAUAUUUGAAAGCAUUAUACAAGGAAGAAUGGAAGCCAACUCCAGAAUAAAUGAGGGAGAAGGUGAGGAAGAUCGAAGGAAGGAUUUUUUGCAGAUAUUGUUGGAGCUUAUGGAGCAGAAAGAUGCUACAAUAUCACUGGACAUCAUUAAAAUAAAGGCCCUACUAAUGGAUAUAGUGCUUGCGGCUACAGAUACAACAUCGACAAUGGUAGAAUGGGUGAUGUCAGAGGUUUUGAAUAAUCCAUGUGUAAUGAGAACGGUCCAGGAUGAAUUAACGGAUGUAAUUGGCAUGAACGUUGUCGAAGAAUCUCAUCUGCCCAAAUUAACAUAUUUGGAUGCAGUCAUCAACGAGACAUUAGGGUACACACUCCGGUUCCUCUCUUAG